UGAAGAAGAAAAAUUGUGUAAUAUUAAGCCGUGUUUAUGAGGCCGAAUUUCUUACAGUUUAUUCGGCCAUUGUUAUUCAAAAGACAAAGGAAGAAGCUAGUACUAUUCAUCUUUUUAGUAGCUGCGUUUAUAUUCAGAUUAACUUGUUGGAAGGCUGUCGAAUGGCUGUUUCAAGUCCCUCAUAUUUUGACAGCAGAUGAAAUUGGACUUUCAAAAUGCCCUGCUUGCUUUGGAGUCAAUACCUCUUUAUGUCAAAGUAUUUUAGAUGGUGAAAUCACCGUAAAGACCAAUGGGUUUUGGACAAAUGAGUAUACAAAGGGUGUUAUGUAUGGGAGAUGGAAAAACAUGGAAGUGGUCGUUAAGUAUCUUGCUUCGACCAGUGAAAUAGCUGAAUUUGAUAGACAUAUUUGCACGAGUGCAGGAAUGAAUUCGAAGCUUUCCUGCGACCUUAAAUCUAAUGUAUGGAGUUCUUUCUUAGCUAACGAGACUUCUGUCAAAAAAAUGUUAUAUGAUGGGAUGGACUGUACUUUUCACCGACUUUUGCAAAAAAUUAUUGGAACUUAUAGCAAAAGUGAAAAAGGUUUAACAGGAGAGGAGAAACUUUACUUAAGUACAGCUUUACAUCUUAACCAAGAAGUGAUAUUACUUCAGGUUUUCCCCAAGAAAGAUGGCUGGCCAUUUCCUACAUUUUAUGGAGCAUGCGGAAGAGUAAUAGUUGUUGAAAAUGUAGGCAAGAACUUAAAGUCUCUUGAUAAAAAACCUUGGCCAGUGCGUGCUAAGAUUGCUCUAAAUCUCAUUAAACUGGCCCUCAAGUUAGGCUCAGGGGAGGUUGAGGAUUGGGUGCUGUACUUGGGUGAUCCCUUGGCAGAGAACUUUGGUGUCAAUGAAAAGGGUGAUGUUGUACUGCUUGAUAUGGAGCAUAUCUUGGUUGCUGACCGAAGACAGAUGACAAAGAAAAUGAAUGGAGCAACUUGUCCUGAUAACUGCCCUUCAAACAAGCCAGAGUGUUUGCAGUACAGCCCAAGUGAUCUUUGUAAUGGUAUCUGUAGAGAUCAUAACUUGUAUGCAUUGUGUCAAGGUGUUUUGGCAGACAUGAAGGGACGACAAGGCCUACUACACUCUGCUCCAGGAAAAAAGCUAAGAGUGAAAUUAAAUCAACUUCUUCAAGACUGCGUUAGUGGGGAAAAUGGAAGACGAGAAGAUGUAAUGUCGAAAAUAGCAAAAAACUUAGAAAAUCAAAUAUUUGUUAAUUGAAAAAUUGCAUUUAUGGGCCAGGGCAUGUAAGAAACUUGACUCAAAAUUGUUUUAUAUAAUAUAGCUUUAUUUUACUUUUUGAAAAAUAAUAAUUCAACAACAACAAGUACAAUAUUAAUUGUAGUUAAAUAAAUUAUAAUUCUUUUAAUUGAAAACAAUAAAAGAAAAUAAACCAAAAAUAAUCUUAAUGUUAUGUACACCAACAUGUGUAACGUAUUGGCCACUUUAGAAAUGAGUGAAGGACUGGGAACAAGUAUAUAGAAGGUGUUGAUAAUUAAUCUUAUUUGAAAACGAUUCCCCUGAUGAAAAAGAGCACAUCAAAAUUACUAGGCUUCUGCAGUAUGGCUUUGAUUUUAAAACAGUUAAAUUAUAAGCAAUCAAAAACAUAAAAAAUUAGAAUGAAAUGUAUGUUUAGUAAGGACAAGCGGCAUCCCCAGUAACCAUACAUUUCUUUGUAAGACUGUGUUCAUAAUGUAUGGCAGAGGGGGGGCAAGUGAAAUUGAGGAGGGAUGGGCAAAUUCUUAUCAGAAAAAUGGGGGGGAUGCACAAUUUUUGGAAGAAGCUACAAGCCUUGCUUACCUGGGGGGAUCAUAUUUUUUUUGGGUGUUAAGAAUUAUUCUGGACAUUUCAAAUUUUCACCUGCCCCCCCCCUUCCCUCUGAGAUACAUUAUGAACGUAGCCAAUUAUUGAGAUGCUUGGGAGGUUGCUACAUGAAAGGUAUAAAACCCAAAAUCUUGAAACUCCAGAGAUUUACUAAUUUCGAUAUACUCUUUCUUGUUGUGGCAUUUAUUUUGUAACUAGGCUAAUUCUAAAAACUCGUUACCAGUGCUCAACUCAUUUCUAAAGUGGCCAAUUGAUUAGUAAUAAAAAUACAAUAGCAUUAAAAGAUUUUUAUUUUGCAUUGGUUUCUCCACCAAGAACCUGACAUAUCGAUCAUACCACACAAAUCUGUCUGCCAACAUUUUCUAAUAGUCAUGACAUGGAGUGAUUUUCAUAAACMUGUGAAAUACAUUUUARCGURUUUAGUACUAUUACGCUCUAACUCCUUUGUUUUCUAUUGUUUGAAUCUGGCUWUUACYAUYUAAUAAGUAACUUUUGUUUCACGGGUUGUUGAAAACCACUCUAUGACUUUUGAAAAAUGAUUUGGUCUUAAACGCUAAAACUAAACCUGUAUAAAUGACACUGUAGUCAAGAAAUGAGAAAAGAGAGGCUAACACAAUGAUAACCCAAUAGCAGAAAUCAAUGAAACUGGAACAAAAAGUUGGGUUCUUGGCCAUGGAUUCAACAACGAGCAUAAAAAAAUAAAACAAUUGGCAAACUUGAACUAUAUUUGAAACCAAAAAAUUACAUGUACUCUGCAUGCAGUACAACAUACCAUUAUAUUGUAUAUGAGAAUUUCAAAAUUUUUAUUAAAAUAAAAAAAUAACUAAAUACUAUCAAACUAGGUUGAAUACCAGUUUGCGAGACUUGAAAAUAUUUUUCUUGCAUAGAUCUAGAUUUUUCUAGAUUUACAGUUUAUUUUGCUAAACAAGUUUUGGAAAUGUUCUUGGAAGUACACAAUGAUUCUUUGUUCAUCUUUGUUACUUAAAGUAUCAUUUAUUAAGAUUUUUUUUUAAAUUUUCAGAAAGGAAUAAUUAAAGUUUCUGUGUCCUGGGCAAAAUUAGGGCUGCAACAGAAACUUGAACUUUGAUGAAUCAAUUUGUAAAUAACAUUCCAACAAUCCAAAAAAAUUAAUGUACCUAACUAUAGAUUGUAAUGUAUUGGCACAUUAUGUACAUUUAUUAAAACACUUUAUAACUACCCCUGCUAUUUAUGUCAAAAUGUUUUCUAGUUAACAUAUCAAGUCAUUUUUACAUCUUGUAGGGGAGAUUAUGAUCUGCUAUUACUGACUAUAAAGCUUGAAACUAGUUUCUUUGAGGAAGGUAAAACUUUGACAAAUGUUAUAAAUUACUAAUUCUGCUUAAUGUGUGUUCACUUGACCUACACACAGUUAUAUACCAUCACACUACACUACACCACACCUCACAGUAACAUGAAACAGGGACAAAAUUCAAUCUUAAGAUUGCAAGCUGCAUGAAUUCAAACUGGUUAAAAACUGUUUCAUGAAGAAGUGGCGACAAAUUGGUCUGAAAUUAAACGUAACAAUAAACAUAGAUGUUUUCUGAGAGCAAACAUGGUGCAUUGCAGUCUAAGUGUACAAAUAUUGCUUAUAUAGUGUUGUUGUACUCAAGCUGGACCACAAUGCAUCUUGUUUGUUGAAGUCAAAAAAUCUGACCCAUGGCACUGGAAUACUGGCACAUGAAAAUGAAUGAUGACUUUGAAGCUAGUUUUGAAGUCCCAGCUAUUUACAGCUUACCUAAAGCCUAAAAACUGGCCAUACAUGUAUGGCUGAACACCAUGAACUUUAGCUAAUCCUGUAUUUAAAAUAAUUAUAUGUCAAACCAUAAUGCAAUAAAAAUUUAAUAUAACUGUCUU